CAUCUUUUGGGGGCCUGCCGGUCUCAAGCAUGCGACCAAUACACAAGGUGAUCUGUAUUUUGCUUGGUGGCAUUUCUUUGGUGGUGCAGAUUAAUGCAGAAAGGAGCCCUUUAAUUGGAGCAGGGACGGCAUCCCCGGGGGGGCAGCUCUGGUCCUGCACGGUGUCAAUGAUGAGAGCUUCCAGGGAAAAUGAACUGAAGGAUGCCGCCCAGCGGCAGCACCGCCUGAGACCGCAUGAUGCCGGCCUUCCCGCAAGGGCAUGGCAGCCUGACAAGGUGAGAGCGGAACAUGCCUGCCUCUGCCACGCACUCGCUGUAGUGAUCAGAGAACGCGACUUGGCUGUGAAGGAGAAGCAUCAGCUCCAAGCCAAGCUGGAGAACCUAGAACAGGUCCUCAAGCACAUGCGAGAGGCUGCAGAACGGCGGCAGCAGCUGGAACUGGAGCAUGAGCAGGCGCUGGCUGUCCUCCACGCCAAACAGCAGGAGAUCGACCUUCUGCAGAAGGCUCAGGUUGAAGCUAAGAAGGAACAUGAAGGUGCCGUACGGCUGCUAGAGAGCAAGGUGCGGGAGCUGGAGGAGAAAUGCCGGACGCAGAGUGAGCAGUUCAGCCUGCUGUCGCAGGAUCUGGAGCGGCUCCGGCAGCACGCCGGGAAGAUAGACCUGCUGGGGGGCAGCGCUGGGACCUCCUUGGACGUCCCCAGGUCCGGCAAGCCUUUCCCGCAGUUCAUGAACGGACUCGCCCCCUCCAUCAGCAAAGGUCAGGAGAGUGCCGUCGGAAGCCGCACGGUGAUUGGGGACUACAUCCGGCCCCUCCCGCUCCCUGGUGACAAGCCAGAGCCUUUGUCCGUCAAGCCUGCCUUUCUGUCACGAUCCGCCAGCCCAAGAUGCAGAUUUGAAUCAGACAUGGACAAUGCACGGAACCCCAGCACCUCCAAGCAGAGAUACUCGGGGAAGGUCCACUUGUGCGUCGCCCGCUACAGCUACAACCCCUUCGACGGGCCCAAUGAGAACCCCGAGGCCGAGCUGCCCCUCACGGCAGGGAAGUACCUCUACGUUUACGGGGACAUGGACGAGGACGGCUUCUACGAAGGUGAGCUCCUGGACGGGCAGAGGGGUCUGGUGCCCUCCAACUUUGUGGAUUUUGUCCAGGACAAUGAGUCGCGCCUGGCCAGCACGCUGGGGACUGAACAGGACCAGAAUCUCAUCAACCACGCCAGCAUUGGCUUGGAGGGGGAGAACAUUCUGGACCUCCAUGCCCCCACUCACAUAGACGCCGGCGUCACGGACAACGGUGCGGGGACGCUGGGCGUGAACAUCGACGAGAUCGGAGAAGACAUCGUGCCUUACCCUAGAAAAAUCACCCUCAUCAAGCAACUCGCCCGAAGUGUCAUUGUGGCCUGGGAGCCCCCGGCCGUGCCGCCGGGCUGGGGGACCGUGAGCAGCUACAACGUGCUGGUGGACCAGGAGACCCGCGUGAGCCUCAUGCUGGGGAGCAGAACCAAGGCUCUCAUCGAGAAGCUCAACACGGCGGCCUGUACCUACCGCAUCUCUGUGCAAUGCAUCACCAGCAGGGGCAGCUCGGACGAGCUCCAGUGCACGCUGCUGGUGGGCAAGGACGUGGUGGUGGCCCCGUCCCACCUCAGGGUGGACAACAUCACCCAGAUCUCCGCCCAGCUCUCCUGGCUGCCCACCAACAGCAACUACAGCCACGUCAUCUUCCUCAACGAGGAGGAGCUCGAUGUCGUCAAGGCUGCCAGGUACAAGUACCAGUUCCUCAACCUCAGGCCCAACAUGGCGUACAAGGUGAAGGUCUUGGCCAAGCCCCACCAGAUGCCGUGGCAGCUGCCCCUGGAGCAACGGGAGAAGAAGGAGGCCUUUGUGGAGUUCUCCACGCUGCCUGCAGGCCCUCCGGCGCCCCCACAAGAUGUCACCGUCCAUGCUGGGGCCACCCCCGCUACCAUCCAGGUCUCCUGGAAGCCACCUGCCCUGACGACCUCUGGACUGUCCAACGGGGCCAACGUGUCUGGCUACGGCGUGUAUGCAAAAGGGCAGAGGGUGGCUGAGGUCAUCUCCCCCGUGGCGGACAGCAUAGCUGUGGAGAUCAUGCGGUUGCGGAGCCUGGAAGCCAAGGGCGUGACCGUGCGGACCCUCUCUGCCCAGGGCGAGUCCAUGGACUCUGCCCCUGCUGCCAUUCCCCCCGACCUCCUGGUGCCUCCGACCCCCCACCCGAGAACUGCUCCCACACCGAAGCCCUUAGCAAGUGCCGGAGCCCCUGAUACCAAAGAUGAACACCUGGGUCCCCACGUCGCCAUGGACGGGGCCUGGGAGCAGGGUGGGGUCCCGGCCCCGGCCCACGGGCACAUGCUGGAGCCGCCCAGCCUGCAGGGUUCAGGCCCGGGGAGGCGGUCCCCUUCGCCCAGCCGGAUCCUCCCGCAGCCACAGGGCACCCCGGUUUCCACGUCUGUCGCCAAGGCCAUGGCCCGGGAAGCUGCGCAGAGAGUGGCCGAGAGCAGCAGGUUAGAGAAAAGGAGCAUCUUCCUGGAGAGGGGUGGUGGGCAGUACAUGAACUCCGACGAGGAGGACAGCUAUGAGUCCCCAGACAUCAAGAGGAGAGGCGCGUCGGUGGACGACUUUCUGAAGGGCUCGGAGCUCGGCAAGCAGCCGCAUUGCUGCCACGGGGACGAGUACCACACAGAGAGCAGCCGGGGCUCUGACCUCUCAGAUAUCAUGGAGGAGGACGAGGAGGAGCUCUACUCUGAGAUGCAGCUGGAGGACGGAGGCAGGAGGAGGCCCAGCGGUACCUCCCACAACGCUCUCAAGGAGUGCUCUCAGAGUGGCGGCUCUGAGGGGGCCUUCCUGGAGCGGCCUGAGCACCCCCACCUGACCCAGCAUAGCUCCAGGCUGUUCAGUAUCCCCGAAGUAGCCGAGGAGGGAGGGCACCCGGAGGUCUCGCACAAGCAGGGCUUAGGGCACUCGGCCAGGGCCCGGGCCCCACCGGCCUCUCGGCUCCCAGCCAAGCCCAGGGGCCCAGGGGGCGGCCCCCACGUGGAAGACUUCGCUCUGGAAGACAGAGGCUGCUGGUCCAGCCGCGCGGCCAGCAGGAGCCCGGACAGUGGCCUGGACUGUGGGAGUGAGGAGGAGGAGCUACGUCUUAGCUUCCGGAGCUCGGCCAAGUGCAGCCCGGGCCCUGGGCACUGCCCCCAUAGGAGAAGCCUGAGGCCGCUGCUGGCCCGGCGGCGGACGCUGACCCGGCAGAGCAGCAUCGAGGAGGACUUUGGGGAGCAAGUGGACCCCAGCGCCGUCCUCAGGAGCCAUGAUGCCCACCCGAGCCCAGAGCGAUCCGCCCCCAGGAAGCAUGGCCGGGAGGAGCCCCUGGGGCACCAGGGCCUGCGGGAUGUCUGGAAGAAAAGCAUAAACAUGCCUGACAGUAGGGCCACUGCCCCAGAGUCACCUCCCCGGGUGACAGCAGGCCCUGUGAUUUUAGGAAACCCGAUGUCUGCAGGACGGGCGGACAGGGUGGAUCACGUGGGCCGAAGGUUCUCCCACGGCAGUGCUGGUCCUCAGCGGUCCCGGCCGAUGAUGGUCCCGUCCAUCGACGAGUACAGCGAGCAGGACCGCCUUUCUCCAGACUUCUAUGAAGAGUCGGAGACCGACCCAGGUGCCGAAGAGCUCCCGGCCCGGAUCUUUGUGGCGCUUUUUGACUAUGACCCCCUCACCAUGUCCCCGAAUCCAGAUGCUGCUGAAGAAGAGCUUCCCUUUAAGGAAGGACAGAUCAUCAAGGUCUAUGGUGACAAAGACGCGGACGGCUUCUACCGCGGGGAGACCUGUGCCCGGCUCGGCCUUAUCCCUUGUAAUAUGGUCUCAGAAAUCCAAGCCGACGACGAGGAGAUGAUGGACCAGCUUCUGAGACAAGGCUUCCUGCCUCUGAACACGCCUGUGGAGAAAAUAGAGAGAAGCAGAAGUGGCGGCAGGCACCCGGGGGCGACGCGGAGGGUGGUGGCGCUGUACGACUACGACCCGAGAGAGAGCUCGCCCAACAUCGACGUGGAGGCAGAGCUCACGUUCUGCACCGGAGACAUCAUCACCGUUUUCGGGGAGAUUGAUGAAGACGGAUUUUAUUACGGGGAACUUAAUGGGCAGAAAGGCCUUGUACCUUCAAACUUUCUGGAAGAAGUGCCUGACGACGUGGAGGUCUAUCUGUCUGACGCUCCGUGCCACUACUCCCGGGACACGCCGGUGCGCUCCAAGGCAAAACGGAAGAAGAGUGUUCAUUUCACACCUUAAUCAGGCCCCGUAGCCUUCACGUAAGUGAGCAACUGAAGAUACCACAGGUAGCGCCCCGCCCGCGGCCCCGGCGGACUCGCGCGGAGGCUUCCCUGUGGGCGCGCACACAAAAGAAAUAUGUCUCAAAACACGACCAAACAGAACAGAGCCCCUGGGCCUCGGACAGCAGGCUGUUCCUCGGCCUCGGCUGUAAAGCCACCGAUUCUGUAGCCCAGUCUUCCUUAUUUCUCAUUUCCUACUGCCCGCACCAUUUCAGACGGUUUCGAAGGCCAACCUUGGGAACAUAUUUCUUGCGAGGCUCAUUGUCUGUUCACGUAGAGAAUGUUGCAGCGUCUCCUCGUGACGAACGCUGUGCAUUGCAUUGUUAGCCGCUCGUGGGGAAAACAAAAGCACAACUAGACACCAUGUUUACUCCGGGACAUACUCCUGUGGAAACCCAGAGCCCGAGCGGAGGAGGGGGAGCGCUGGGCGCGCGGAGUUGGCUCUGACACGCCCGCCCCCCUCCCCGCCGCCGCGGGCGUGACCCCCGCGGCCGGGCUGCGGCAAGUCCGAGUCCGUGCCUGUGCCGGGCGGCUCCUCGGGGGCAGCAAUGCAAUGCUGUGCUCGCUCGGCCGAGAGCCGCAGCGGCCGCGCGGCCUUAGACGGGGCGGACGGUAUCUUCAGGUGUGCGUGGGAUGCUUUCCUAGGUGUUUUCCAUCGGAACUAGACCUUGAUUCUAAAUCCAAGCAAGCUUGAAGCCCUUGGCUCCCCGUGUGUGCCCGAGGCAGGGCUUGGCAUGGAGAGGCGUGGAGGGGCGAGGGGGUGAGGGCCGAGCCCCGGGGCCAGCGAGCCCUCCCCGCCGCCGGGAGGCGCCCGGUGCGCUCUCUGGACACAAGUCCAUCUCCGGCCACCGGGGAGUCUCGCGAGCACGCACUAAGGGCCUUUAAGCUUCCUUCGAUUGUGAUAGAGGUUCAUUUUAGUUUUUUUUCCUUUCAACCGGUGUGUGCCGUCCGCUAUGGCGUGACUCACGUCCCCAGGAAUGCCCCCCGACCAGACCACCCUCCCUGUAGCCCGGUCACUCUCAGACCCACAAGCCCCCUUUCAGAACCUUGGCUUUUAAGAUUGCUGAUGGGUCCUCGGCCAGCUUCACUGGAACCUAAUUUAAGGGAACUUCUGCUCCCCAGCCCUCCACCCCACCCCCACACCUCCGCUUUGGGUCUUAAUUUACCAAGUAAAUUACUACCUAGCUUUGUUUUGCCAAAGCUGCGGCCUUCCCCCUCCCCCGA